CAUUGCCAGAGCUCAGCCCAUUGCCGGGAGCGCCUGUCUGUCACUGCAGUGUCCUGCCCGUCAGGUUCGGUUGAGACGCAACAAGCUCCGCAGCUCCGAGGUACGUGACAGGAAGAGACCGAGCGACAGAGUUCAUCAGCGAGGCUCCCAAUCCAGUGAUCUGCCCCAUCGGUGAAGCCCCCCAACCCCUCACCCCUCCUCCCCACCCCCCUCACAGUUCAGCCAGCCAUGGCAGGCCGCGCAGCUUCCCGGCCCAAUGGCCAGUCUCAGGCCAGUAAGAUCUGCCAGUUCAAACUGGUGCUGCUGGGAGAGUCGGCCGUGGGCAAGUCCAGCCUGGUGCUGCGCUUCGUGAAGGGGCAGUUCCACGAGUACCAGGAGAGCACCAUCGGGGCCGCUUUCCUGACUCAGUCAGUGUGUCUGGAUGACACCACAGUGAAGUUUGAGAUCUGGGACACAGCAGGCCAGGAGAGAUACCACAGCCUGGCACCCAUGUACUACCGCGGGGCCCAGGCUGCCAUCGUGGUGUUCGACAUCACCAACCAGGAAACGUUUGCACGAGCAAAGACUUGGGUCAAAGAGCUGCAGAGACAAGCCAGCCCCAGCAUUGUGAUCGCACUGUCUGGAAACAAGGCAGACCUGUCCAGCAAGAGGGCAGUGGAAUAUGAGGAAGCACAAGCCUACGCUGAUGACAACAGUCUGCUCUUCAUGGAAACAUCAGCCAAGACUGCGAUGAACGUCAACGACCUCUUCCUGGCAAUAGCUAAGAAGUUGCCAAAGAGCGAGCCCCAGGGCAGCAGCGGGGGGCCCCCGAGCCAGGUCCGAGGGGGGGUGGACCUGAACGAGCAGAGCCAGCCCAGCAGGAGCCAGUGCUGCGGCAACUAGAUAUGGGGCCAGGGCAACGAGGGUGGGGGGGGGAGAGAAUGAGAGAGAGAGAGAGAAUGUGUUCUACAGUAACAACACCACAGGGGCAGUGAGGCUGUGGGGGGGGGGGGGGGGCGGUUAGUUAAAAUUUUCCAGCCGGAGAGGAUCAGGGGAUCAGAAACUCAAAGCUGCAGCCUGACGACCAGCCUGGCUCCCUCUCCCCUCGGAAACGGAGUCCAGCUUCCAUCACGGCAUGACGGACAUCAAAACCAGGCUUUGAAAGAAGUUUAUUUUUAAAUUGGUGUCCAGAACAGUAGCAUUGCCCCUGUGCAAUCCCAUUAACCAUAUCUAGCCCAGGCCACUUGCUUGAGUACUUUUGAAAUAGUGAUCCCUGUCCGGUUGAUUUUAAAGAUGCUCCAUUGAGGUUUAUGAAUGGAAUUUGGAACAGGGUGCUUUGCUGCCCCUGUUGAAUGUUUAGCUUCCUGAACAAUACCAGUGCUUGACAUCAGUUAUAACCUUCAACUGCUGCAGGCAGUACCAGGAGCGUGCCAGUGUGGGGUUGACAGAGUAGCAAGCAUGGUUAACAAGGAGAGGACGCGUGUGUCCCUUUAGUGACCUGUUUUUAAAACUCAACUAUGUCUGAAAAACUAGGGAAGACUAUAGUCUGCUGACUGCAGCUUUAAAAUAGUCAAUUUUAGGUUCAAACCCAAUUCUAUUUAAAAAUAAAUGAAUAGUCUUUUGCGAUCUUGUGUGCAUAUAAUGCACAUUGUUUUCCAUGGGUUAUUACUGUUUCCAAAAAUGUCUCUCAAGUAACAGUAGUUCAAAGCGGAAUGAAAUCCAACGAACACAAAUCAGGUCUCAAAAGGAUAAUAUUAAAUGUAAUAAGGCUCAAAUCUAUCAAAACUCAAGCCCUCCUCCUUUUCCUUUCUCAUCUUUUACAGAUAUUAUUAAAACCAGAAUUAACACUCCUAGAUGAUUGUAUUCAGAACAAACUUCUGUAAAUGAAAGUGAAGUGUAUUAUUAUUAUUAUUAUUAUUAUUAUUAUUAUUAUUAUUAUUAUUAUUAUUGUUUUGCAUCUCUUACUGCAUUAGUAUAGCUGCAGAAUCACUUUUCUUACAAUGGCUGUUCAACACACCUGAGCUGGGGAAAUGUCGGAUGCAGACUUCUAGAAGCUACAGUUAAUUCUGGCUUGCGGUGAAUCGAAAGUUUUAAUAUAAUAAAUGGAAUCGCUUUGCCAUUGACUUUCAUUAUCCUGAGUACUUCCCUCUGACAUACAGGGACGUCACAAAGGCUCCCAUUGACAGCGCAGCAGCCUGUCCCUGAAUGACGGAUUCGGCUGAAGUCGAGCGGAAGAGGCACUUUCUUUUAAACAGAACUUGAACAAGGAAAGACUUUGUCAAAACAUAGUGCCCUCCCUAGUGACAAUAUAUAACAUGCCAGUAAUAUUGGAGAGCACCGUCCUGCUGUUUGAAUUUCUUUUUUCCAUUUCUCUCAUCAUUGUAUGGUGUUUGCAAUCGUUGAGAGUGGUUCUGGAUUCUGUCGUAUUGUUGAGCUGCUUACCUAGAGAAUCCUAACUACCGGGACUGAACAGCCUUCCUCGUUCCCUUCACGUCAUGUGACACUUCCACCUUUAUACGGCCAGACAGCAGGUGGGGAGCUGUGAGGUCACACUGUUGCACGAUUUCUGUGCUGGCAGUUAGGAUUCUACAGAGAAGCUCAAAGACAGUUAGACAGAUUUGGAGAAAAAAAUGAUUUUAACUCAACAUUGCAGCAACAGAAGCCAGAACUACUCAGAAUUAAAAAUAAUCAAAAAAUCAAUAAAAAUGACUUCCUUUUUAAUAAUCUAAGUAAAAAUUCAUACAGAAUAAUAUAAUUCAAUAUAAUUUGCACUCUAAUUUUGGUAUAUUAAAGCUUUUAAUGAUGAUUGAUACUACUGAUGAAUACAAACAGCUUGAAUUAUAUUCCAGUACUACUAAUACAGUCCCUACUGGCUGAGGAUAACCCCUCCCCUGUGUGCGGGAGUUUGAUUGGAUUGGUUUAUGAAGAGGGAGAAACGCUGCUUAUAAAAAAGUACCGCAGUGAAUAAUUAAAAGCACAGCACAGUGAAGUUCAAUUUCUGUAACAUUUUGCAAUCUGGUUGCAUAGGAACGAAGAAUGCAUGUGUGAAUAAAAAACAGAUUGGAACUUUACCCCAAGUUUUAAAAACGGAUACAGCCUGGAAUAAAAUGAAAGUGUAAGGCGCCAUCGCUGUAACUUAUUGUUACAGUGGUGCCAUAAUUUAACAGCAUUAAAGAAUAAAUGGGGGGGGGGGGGAUCCAAACAGAAUUGGAGAAACUGCAGCAUUUAUAACCCUGUUUAUAACUUAUAUCUUCAUUUUUAAUUAAGUUGCUAAAAAUAAAUAAAUACGUAAUAGUGUAUGACUCAAUACUAAGCAGAGAAAAGCCUCUGCUGUGCUAUCGAGGUAACAAUCAUGGCGCAGAAAUACGGUGGCUGAUCCACAAUUAAUGUAAGAAAUAUAAAAAGUACUGUCUUCAUGUAUGUAUUAAAUGGAUUCCCUUUCUUAUUAUA